AUGGCUCUGGAAUUGCGUUACAUUCCGGGUGCUUGUUUGGCUGGUCUGCUUGGAGUCAUGGCUGAUGUGCCGAUGAUCUCAUUGAUUGCCAUUUGCAAGAGCCCGUACAUGCUUUUUAAAGGAUGGAGGCGUUUGUUUCAUGAUCUUAUAGGCCGAGAGGGCCCGUUUUUGGAAACUGCAUGCGUCCCAUUUGCUGGUCUAGCCAUUAUUCUCUGGCCAUCGGCAGUUGCAGGAGCAGUCAUGGCUUCCAUAAUACCAAGUUUCUCUUUGGGUGCAUAUGCAGCUGUUAUAGCAUACCAGGAGACAUCAGUGAAGAUGGGGCUAGCCUACAUCAUCUCUUCCAUGUCUAUGUUUGAUGAAUACAGUAAUGAUGUACUUGACAUGCCAGAAGGAUCUUGCUUUCCCAGGUAUCAAUAUAGGAAGAAGGUACCACAGCGUGCUACCUCUUUUUCCAGACCUGUCUCUUUUCGACGGGAAAACCAGGAUGCAAAAAAGGCUCCUUCACGUGCGACAUCAUUUAAGAAUAGCAUACUUGAAUUGAAUCCUUUGAAGUUACUUGAUCAUCUGUUCUCGGAGUGUAAGCGCCAUGGUGAGGUUUUGGUCUCUGAAGGAGUAAUAACACAAGAAGACAUUCAAGAAUCUAGGUCCAGUAAAGGUGGUAGCAGGAUAAUAAGGUUGCAAGGCAUCACCAAAUCGAUCUCAAGGUAUCCGACAGCCAGACGUCGUUUUGAUGAUCUUGUGAAAUCUCUUUCCGAAGACCUUGAGAAGAAGUUUGGAAGCAAUCGAUCUGCCAAUGGGUCUCAAGAGAGUCAACGUGUACGAAGUGGUAUUUUCCGAAUUUUUAGCCAAAAGUCAUUUGGCUCAGAUACAAGCACCAAGGGCCAUCAUCAAGAAAUCCAAGAGGUUAACAAUGGCUUUUAGUUCUGUAAAACUUUACUACAUACCUCUUAAAUUUACAAGGAUUUUUCUCAAGUGUUUUCUAUGUGGAUAGAUGAGGAGAUAUUGAUUGAUGAACUGCUAAUGACAUCAUAUGUCAUUUGAUUGAUGUACCAUUUGAAUGAAGAUGUGCCUGUAUAGUCAGGAACUUAUUAUUA